AUGAGUGAAAAAUCAACUUGUGCAAAAAACAAGGAAGGACAAGAAGGUGUGGAGACAGAAGCUGCGAAAGAUACCAAUGCCAGACCCCAGAAGCAACUGCAAAUUGAGAGACAGUUGAAAUGUUUGGCCUUUCAAAAUCCUGGACCUCAGGUCGCAGACUUUAAUCCUGAAACUAGAAAACAAAAGAAGAAAGCCUACAUGUCUCAGAUGAAUGGAUAUUACACCACCAACAAGGUUUCUCUGAAAAAAUAUGACAAACAAGGUAAACUCCUGUGUAACAACCGGGACUUGUGUGACUGUCUGGAGGAGAGCUGCCAAGGGUGUUUCUAUCCUUGCCCUAAGUGCAGUUCCAACAAAUGCGGACCUGAGUGUCGCUGCAACCGGAAGUGGGUCUAUGACAGAAUACAGACGGAGGCUGGUGACAUCAUCAGCAAGCUGCCCUUUUAUGUUCCUGAAUAAUACACUGGAAAGUUUCCUUAGUGCCACAUCUGUAGGAGCUGAAUGUACAUAUUUGUGUGAUACUGAGUUAUGUGACGGAGGGCGAUCUGGAAAGAGUGUGCUCUGGUUAAACCAGUAAGAACUCUAAGGAGUUAUCCCAAAAAUGACUUGUCUAUUACUUCAGUCAGAUAUGUUGUACAGAAAAGUGAGUUGCUUGG